UACUUUGCUUGUCGCCAAGCAAACACUACUCAUAACCAUACAACUCAAGGAAUUCUAAACACCAUCACUCAAUGUUGAUCUUAGGUAGUUAAUCGUAAGCAACUUACAAGUUCAACAAUAGUACUAUACAAUCCUAACCACGUUAAUAUCCAAGAACAUCAUACGACAUAAUCCAAACAUUAACCACAAACGAUGCAUCCAAGUCUCAAAAUGAUGAGGUGCAACUUUUGGUAAUUUUUUAAGCUUUGAAUGCUUUCUACCAUCAACUUGACAUUUCUUUAAGCACUUUGCCUUACUCAACUGAAAAUCUUUCAAUGAUUUUUGAAUUUUUCUUCUCUUACUCAACUCAAAAUCUUUGCAUUACAUCCCAUUACCUACCGCAUCCUUCAUAGUUACUACAAUAGCCUCCCUAAAUCAUAUUCCUUAACACUCCUUAACCGAUUUGUAAGUGUAUAUUCUUGUUGAAAAAAAAACCAUAUUUUUAUUGCACAAAGUACAUAUUUGUAUAGAACAAAACGCACAUUAGAAAACAUUUCCGAUUAGGUUCUAUUUGUAGACUUUUACCCCUUUAAUCCUGGGAUGUUUGAGGUACUUUUACUCCGUGAGGUUCGGUCUUAGCCUAGGUUGUGGUUCUCUUUAGUGUGUUUCAGAUCCUAGUAGGUAAAAUCAUCCAUGGGACGAAAGUUGGACGAAAAGGGGCAGAAACCUGUCAAAAGGGAGCAACAUCAACAGAUCAUGGUGGAGGCCAGAGGUUCACCGUCACUCGGCCGUGAAGACCAGCUCUAGACUGUGAACUCCCUUAAUGAAACGACGCAUUUUUUCUCGACAUCACAGUUUAGGCCAGAUAUUCACGACCGCGAACUAGACCGUGAAAUGCCAUCGGUCAGGGUAUAUAAACGGGGUUGAGCUGAAAGAGAAAGAGAGGAACCUAGUGAGAGAGACUUUUUCUUCUUCUUCGGAUUUAUAGAGUGAAAAAGUGACUAACAAGAGGAGAAGAGAAGUUAGGGUUUCAUCCAAGAGCUAGAUUUUGGGAAUUUCUUCCUCCAAGGUUGAUCUCCAUACCACAAGGAAGAAGAGAAACAUAUCCAAGAUGGUUUUUUCUCUUCUCCCUUGUGUAUUCUCUCUACUUAGCAUGGAGUAGACUUUUCUUUCACUUGGGUGUUUGUAAACCCUAGCUACAAUUGUGUGAAUGUUUGUAUGGAUUGGAUGACUUGUGUGUGGCUAUGUUUAGUACAAGCUAUGAGGUAUUUUCAUGAAGAUUGUGUGUGUUCUUGCAUUUCCAAUUCUUAUGCCAUUUUGACCUAGGUAGAGGCAAAUCCCCUUCUUGGUAAGAGGCUUUUAAAAGCUGGAAUUCCUUGGGCAAUUGUGUCACCUACCUAGAUUGAAUUAGGGCAAACCUCUGAAUACGUAUUAGCACCUUUGGUAGGUUGUAAUUUGGCCGCCCAAACUAUAUUUUGAGGGUGAAGUCUAAGCAACCCUUAGUAGAUUAGGCCAAGAGAGCUACCUUGUUAGCUUGAUUUGAUAUCCCUUGGCCUAGAGACCGAGAGAGUGACGGUUGUUCACUUGUUGCACUUCCCAACGGUUUACAACCAACUUUACCAUACAUUUGCAUUCAAUCCGACAAAUCAUGAUUGUUAUCUAGGAGGAGCAACACCCUGGUUAAGCCUUCUCAAUUACUGUUCAAACAAUUUACUUUUCCAAUUGUUUUAGUUACAAAUUAUAGUUUUAACCAAAAACAAUUGCUAGAUAAUGUUUCAAACAAUCGAAGUAGGGGUACAUGGACCAGCCCGUGUUUGACUUUUAAAACAUACUUGCCCUAUAUUGCACCAAUUAAGGUUUAUACUUGGGCCUUAAUUGGGGGUUUUAUUGUGAUAUUCGGGACGAGUCAAGUUUUUGGCACCGUUGCCGGGGGACCUUCGGUCCGUUAUUUUGAAAUGAUUGUUUGGUGUUCAUCUAGCGUUUACUUUUUGUUUUGGGAGUUUUAAUCUUCCUUGUGUUAGACGAGUUGUGUUUCUUUGACGUGUGUGCAAGAGGGUGUAUGACCCAGAGUAAUACGACACCUUUGGUGCCACUAGUUCAUGGUCACUCGACCGUAAAGACUAGCUCCAGACCAUGAACUCCCUUAAUGAAAUGAUGCGUUUUUAAUCGACAUCACGAUCAAGGCCAUAUGUUCAUGGCCGUGAACUGGAACCGUGAAACACCGUCGAGUGACCAUGAACUGAGCUAAAAGAGAAAGAGAGUAACCUAGUUAGAGAUACUUUUCUUCUUUAGAUUUCUAGAGUGAGAAAGUGAUGAACAAGUGGAGAAGAGAAGUUAGAAUUUCAUCCAAGAGCUAGGUUUUGAGAAUUUCUUCCUCCAAGGUUGAUCUAUACACCACAAGGAAGAAGUCAAACAUCUCCAAGAUGGUUUUCUCUCUUCUCCCUUAUGUAUUCUCUCUACUUAGCAUGGAGUAGACCUUUCUUUCACUUGGGUGUUUGAUUCGGGCCUGAAUGUACACUUUUUAUCCACGUUUCCUUUUGGCAUUUGUGGCAUUUGAGCUCCAAAAAGGUUGGUUUUACGCUAGGUUUGUUGAGUUUCAAUAUGUUUCACAGUCUAACAGAUGAAACCAACCCCGAAGUCGAAAGUUGGAAGGAAAGGCUCAAAGACCAGACAAAGAGAAGGAUCCAGCCGCAGUUCACGGUCAGAGCUGCGAGUUCACGGUCGCCAGGACCGUGAACCGAAGGGCGUCUAGAGGAGUUUCAGGGGUAAUUAGCAUAAUAGGUCACAAACCUAUUCACUUUGUACGAAAAGGUCACAAAUUUUUGUUUUGCAUGUUUCAGUCACAUACAUUUGAGAGAAUAACGAAAUGGUCAUUCCAUCUGUCUCCAUCCAAAAAAUCGUUAGUUUCGUCCAGUCAGCAUGCCACGUCAUUUAAAAUAUUAAUAAAAAAUUUAAUGAUCGAACCAAUUGAAUCGGACAACCCUAACUCUUUACUUAGUUACUUACCUACCCGAAAAGCUACACCGACUCGACAAUCUUCAACUCACCUGGACCCAACCAAAAUCGGCGGCUUGCUUCGAUUCUGAAUUCCUUUGCCGUCUCUGCAGGGAAGCUUUUGGUAUCGUUGACAAAGGGGUGUUUCAGUAGAAUGCUACCUCUUUCACUUCUUCAAAUCAUAUUGCAAACUCAACCAUGAAUUGCCAAUUCCUCUACCUCCACUCCUCCACUAUCGGCGCUCCACCAAUCCCGCAUCCACUACCAUCAUUCCGCCAUCAAAGAACACCGAGCGAGCAGGGGAAAGAGGGGUGUUUACUUCAGGAUGGCGAAGCGACCAGGGAAGGAACCUCCGUUGGUUUUGGCCGGCCAUGCGACCUGGAGAAGCUAUCGGCAGCAGGAGAUUUCUGAUUGCACGAUUCUGGGGAGGGAUAUCGCUCUGUAAGGCGACGAUAGAAGGGAGAAGAGGCUAGGGUUUGCUCCAAGUGAAGAUUUGGGGGUCGUUUGGAUUAGAGAUUUUAAUGAGGGAUUUCAGAAGGAUUUUAGCACAAUCCCUCGUUAUGUAGGAUUUUAAAACAAUUCUGCGUUUGGAAAUGAUGAGAUUUUAGAAUUUAGAAAUUUAAAAACCCUCAAUCGUAGGUUUUUGAAAUAACUGAUCACUAUAAGCUAUUUCUAAAUCUCUCGUUCUACUUUCGUUUAUUCCAAAACCUACCCUUGUUCGACCCUUCUUCUCCGCCAACCUUCGCCCUCAAACCACUCUCUAUUGUCGCAGACACAGAGCAUCCCAGAGCAGCUUCCGGCUUUCCCCAACCAUAGCCACAGUUGUCAACCUUCCCCCAUCGUCCUUUGCCGUUGACUCCCCAGUCGACUCUGCCAUCCUCCUUGGCGGCAUAUAUGGAAUCUGGAUUCAAUCUAUUACGCUUAAACGUUUCCUCCCCGGUCACCUUCACCGCCGUACAUGAACCCUAAUAACAACAACCCAUCGACAACUUCUCUAUGGCGGAGAAGCUCUCCCUUGGUUCUGGGUUCACUGGUCGCGCCGGAGACACCUGCCACGCCGAUUCCAAUAUGUUGUUCGCAUAUGCAUGGUUAAGAAUCGAGAAGAAGUUGGGAAAUUGGCAGGUUCAGCUGGAUUAUUGGGGACGAGAAGGGGAUCAGAUGGGAGAGAGAAGAGGGAAUCACCCAAUUUGGGUUCCAAUUGACUAGCAAUUCUUUCCUUGUUCUGCAAACCCAAUCGGUUGGAAUUGGAAGGGAGUGAGAUUUUGGGUUUGUGAUUUUGGGGUUUUUAUUUAUCUUUGAUUCUGGGGCUUUUAUCUUCUUUCUUUAAUCUGCACACAGUUAUGAGAUUUUGAGAUUGUGAUGGAAGCAUAAAAGAAAAGCAUCCUUUGUUG